AUGGCCGGUCAAUACGAAUUAAUUAAUACUCUUGGGGCGGACAAACAAUCGCCCAAAAUACGUGUUCGUGUUCUACACACUUGGAUCGACAAGAGGAAGUAUGGAGAUUCGCGUGAGUUCAUAUUCGCCGAUGAGCAAGGCGACCGAGUACAGGCAACCAUCAAACUUUCAUUAUGUUCUAGGUACGAAGGGAAAUUGGUGAAGAAUAAGUCAUAUCUUAUUUCUGAUUUUUCACUCAUUAAUAAAUACUACAAUAUAAUGUACAAGCAUUGCAUUGGUGAAUAUAGAAUAAAUUUUGGUUAUAACACUAAGAUUAGGGAAAUAACAUUCCCAAAUAUACCAAGCGAUGUCUUUAAUUUUGUGCCGUAUCCGAACAUUGGUGAUGUUUCAGAGGACAACAAAUUCCUCAUAGAUAUCAUUGGUUCGUUGAUUUCUAUUGGUGUUCUAAAAACGUUCACCAAGGAUGGGGAGGUAAAGGAGAACGUUACCUUGGAUCUGGAAGACCUAUGUGGUUUGAAGCUGCGUUGUGUGUUGUGGGGUACAAUGGCGCAUGCUAUCCUGCGCUAUGUUAAAGAAAAUGUUGACGGUCCAUAUAUUGUAGCACUUCAGUUUGCAAAGAUACAAUAUUCUAAUAUUGGUGAAAUCGAGGUGUCCAAUACAUUGUGUUCGUCGAGAUUGCUCAUAAAUGAUGACAUUCCCGAAUUGCAAGACUUUAGAUCAAGAGGUUGCACGUGUUACGAUGAUCUUAGAAAAGUCGAGGAUCACGUCUACCCAACUUUCAAAGAUGCGUGUUUUGCGCUUGGGCUACUAGAUGACGACAAGGAGUACAUAGCUGGCAUAAAUGAGGCAAACGAGUGGGCCAGUAGUGACUAUGUGAGACGAUUAUUCGUCGUACUUUUGGUCGCAAAUAAUAUGAGCAGACCGGAACAUGUGUGGGAGUGUUGCUGGAAAGAAUUCGCCGAGGAUAUUGCGUACAGACUGCACAACAUCGUACCAAUUCAGGUCCACAUGUGUCAGACGAUACUCUGA